AGUGAGCGACAGGAAGCGGAAGUGGCGGGGGCGGGCGGCCCGGCCAUGGCGGGGGUCCUCGCUCGCGUCGUCUUCUACCCGACUCUCCUGUACAAUGUUCUCAUGUCCAAGUUGUACGGCCGCCACUGGUACGACCGGAUCGACGAGACGGUGAUUCUGGGCGCUCUGCCCUUCCGCUCCCUCACCCAGGAGAUUCCUGUCCUGCUUUGCUUUCAGCUGCACCUUUGGAGUCCAGAGAAGGCCUGCGAUUAUAUUGCUUCUAUCCGACCUCACAUCAUUGUUCACCGUGGCCAAUUUAAAGUUUUGAAUCAUUACUAUGAAGAACUGUGUUUACUGGAUUCUUGCAGAAGCACACCAUAG